GAUACCAAGAAGAACAAAAUAUUCAAAUUGAUAGUCUAGAAAAAAAAAGUAUCAUAACCAGCAAGUGGGAUGAUAUUGCGAAACUUUUAGCAGAGGGAGGAAAAAUAUUAAAUAAGGAGGGAAAAUUUGUCAACAAAAAUGCUUUCGAAUGUUUAAAAUUUGCGAUUGUGGAUAAUGAUGAGUUAGGAACGGUCGAGAUCAAUUAUGAACCGGGAAAGUAUGACCUUGCUGAAUUUGAACAAGAUAGGACAGGAAAUUUUAGCGAGGCAGAAAUAGAAUAUCAAAUAGAGAGAAGAGAAAAUUGGGAGGAAAUAUUAGAAGCCAAAAAAGCGAGCCGCGAGGAAAAAAAUAUUGCCCUCACUAAGGCACAAGAGGAAUUGAAGCGAAUUGUUGAAGGAACAUUAACUUUUGAAAAUCCGGAGGCACACCAAGCCUAUUGGGAGCCCAAAAAAGCCGAAUUAGAAGAGGAAAUAAGAGAAUUAGAAGAGGAAAUAAGAGAAUUAGAAGAGGAAAAGGUGUUUUUCCGGGCCCAACAAACCGAGAAGAAUGAGAAAAAUUGUUCUGAGAGGAAAUCCCAGAAAAGGUUACUGGCCGAUUUAACCAAGGACUUUAUUUUGCCAGAACGCACCGAAGCCGGCAAAACAGUCGCUAAUAUUAAAACGCUAGAAAAAGAUAUGGGAGCGGAAUUAGGCACUUUAACCACUAUUCCGAAUGAACUUGAAACCGAAGCAGAGAAAAAAAUUAAGGACAAAAUUGACGCAGUGGCUACCGUAGCCGCUAACGGACGCCAGUCAUUUUACGAACAGAAAGCCGCCCAAGACAAAAAAACUGAUUUGGAAAAAGCCGUUGCUGAUUUAGAUUUUUUGAUAUUUAAAGACAAGUUUUUACAAGUUCAUGGAGCGUAUUUAGACGACCAAGGUAAGGAAAUAACCCCUUUGGACCAAGAAAAAGAGAAUAAAAUUAGGGCUUAUUAUCAAGUAAGAGCAAAAGCAGACAAAAUUACCGGUUCGGUAAUGGGACAAGCCGCAAAAAAUGAAUUAGGAAAUAAAGCAGCCGCAAACAGUAUCGAUUUACCUAAUAUUUUGGGAGACGCAGAUGUAAAAGUUAUUAUUGAAAAAAUUUUAACUUACUAUCGGGACGGGCUUACUGCGUCACAAGCUCUCACUCUUAUUAAACAUGGUUGGGGAACGAUUUUUGAUAAUGCCUGUUUAACCAGCGUUGAGGAUAUUAACCACACGCGGGAAUUAUUAAGCAAAAUUAGAGCAACCGAAAAUGAUUUAGCCGCUCUCUCGGCUAAUAAUACUACUACUGCUUGGCAAGAUUUAAACAGCUACCGCGAUGACCGAAUAUUCGUGGGUCGGGCGGCACACUGGACGACGGUUGAGAUAUUUCAGCCGUUAACUUUGACCGAGCAAAUUAUAACCUCUUAUCAAGUUGAGAAACUUUACCAGCACUAUCAACCUCUGGCCGAGUGGGAAGAUUUCUUUGUUGUUGCUAUUAAUGACCUGAAAAUACUGGAAAAUGAUAAAGAAGAAUUAGAUAGAGUUUUACAAUUGCUGGUUGAUAUUGCUAACACUACCGAUAUUAAACAAUUGAAGAGCAACCAUGAUGUUAAAAAUCUUUAUCUUGAAGAUUUAGUAGGUUUACCAGCCAAGCCUACGGCAGCGAUUACUGCUGGUGAAAAAACCCGCUAUGAAGCUUGGUUAACUAAUAAUACUGGUCUGGCCAAAGACGGAUUGGAGGAAAAACGAGCUCCGAACGGGAAAACACUAACCAAAAGUGGCAUUCCAGUCUUAGACAUUAAAAGAAUUAAAUUAGAAACGGCUUUGGAAUUGGAGGAUGAAAUUAAGAACCAAAACCAAACUGCUCUGAAUAAUUGA